AUGUCGCUCAAUCACCACCACACCUGGCUUCCUCCAGGGCAUCUCCGACCUCCCGACGAUUUCUAUGACACGCAUUCCUCCGUCAAUGGCCUCUCCAGAACCCCAUCCCGCCCGCGUACACCCCAGUUGCGGUCCCGUGCCACCUUGGAGUCUAUGCAGAGCGGUACGUCGAUAUCAGAAAUGGAUCCCGCGCCCGAGGAAGACCCUCGCAUCGUCGCAUUCAGAAACAGCUAUCAGAAAAGCGAGGCCAGGAUAAAUUAUCUAUUUAGUGGCAAAAGGACAUCGGACAACAGCCUGCCCAGCGCAGAGUCUCGUGAUACCAACGCCGUCGAAGACGGACCCGAACCUGCGCAGCCAGAACUCCCAGCUGGCCCCCGAAAACCGGCCAGGAACUUAGACGAAGAUGAUUACGACGAAUAUGAUGACGAGGGAGGCAGCGACUCUGGGGCACAGGGGCCUUCUCCCCCAAAAUCCAAGAGCGCGCCCACCCCCCCUGAACCGAAGCACGCGCCUCAAUCCCCUUCAAGACUACCCACACAGCCUAGUUCUGCGCCGGAGAACUCGAAAGACGCGAAGAAGGAAUCGGCGGAGGAUAUCCGAAAGCGAUUGGAGCAAGAUAAGAAAGCCACGGAGGAGGCUGCUCGUCAGAGUUUCCAUACCAUAUUCUACACCUUGGAGAACGACCGUGAUGCGAUGCUGGACCAGCAGCGGCUGGAGGAGUCUGAGAGACAAGUCGAGGCCGAGAUGUCAAGCCAGAACAAUACUAAUAAUGAUUCCGCCGCCGCUCAGGGGUCUGGCCAUGGAACCCUAAGCAGCGCCAAUCUCGGCGCAUCCAGCCUGACACUUAAGAACCUUAUUGCGCGAAUUGACAUGAAGCGCCAUGAAGUCCAGGCGUCUGAUGCUGAACUGCGGAGCUUGAUGAGCGAGGUCCGAAAGAAUCGAAGCAAAUGGGCAAGCGAAGAGAAAAUUGGCCAAGAGGAGUUAUACGAAGCUUUGGAAAAGGUCUUGAGCGAACUCAAAGCCCAAACAGAGCAUUCUAGCGCAUUCUUAACCAAGGUUAAUCGGCGGGAUGCGCCCGACUAUGUUAACAUUAUCAAACGACCCAUGGACCUGGGAACCAUGACCAAGAAGCUGAAGGCUAUCCAAUACAAAUCAAAACAAGAAUUUGUCGACGAUCUUAAUUUGAUCUGGGCCAAUUGCUUGAAAUACAACGCCAACCCAGAACAUUUCCUCCGUAAACACGCCCUGUACAUGAGGAAGGAAACAGAAAAGCUUGUACCGCUGAUUCCUGAUAUCGUAAUCAGAGAUCGCGCCGAAGUGGAAGCCGAGGAACGCAGACUUCAGCUUGCUGAUCUUGAUGGCGCAGAGGAGAGCGACGAUGAACCUAUCAUGUCCUCUCGCGGUCGAAAGGCCCCUGGAAAGAAAUCUAAAAAGGGCACCACCACAGCACGAACAGCUCCCGAGACGAAAUCGGAGACUACCUCUGUUACUGAUUCUCGACCUCAAGCCCAAGAAGCACCGCUCGUGAGACAGGAAUCUGUCUUGGAUGGGAGCCAGAACGAUUCCUCAACACCCCCUCCCGGUACACUAACGCCUCUCACCUUAAACAAUCACGGCCUUACUGCCACUCAAGGCGAUAGUAUGGAUAUCGAUUGCAUUGGACCGCCUCCUGCUGGUCAAUGUUCUGCGCUUUUAGGACUUGGAUCUGAGUUUGAAGACCCGGAAUUCAAGGUCUGGAAAUUAGUGACAAAGAAGGAUCGUGCUCUUGUGGCUGCUGAAAGACAUCGACUUUUCAAAGGAGAUAAACUCAACCCAGACGAACAAGCGCUCCUCAGAACCAAAUCUGGUAUGAGAAGGUGGAUUCGACACCGCAGAGCAACCCCAGGUGAACAAGAUAAACCCGAAGCCGCACCCUCCCAAGCUAAGGAGGCCGAGCCUAGUGGAGAGACCCUUGCGGAAGGGAUUGAGGAGGAAGAAGACAAAAUGCUCCCUGAUUAUUAUGAUGUGAUGUCGGUGAUCCCUGAUCUCCCUGAAAACCUCCACUGGGUGGAGGAUGCCGAGGGGAACGUGGUGGAGCACUCCGAAGAAUUCCUUCGAGUCCUCCCUAGCGGCUCAUUUACAGCUCCAGUCAGCAAAUUCUCGAAGAAGAUGGACGCCAAUAUAAGACAGAUGCAAGAAACAAGGAAAGCGUGUUCGAAGAUCAGCAUUGUCAAGCAAAUGCAACAACAAUCUCAGAUGUAUCAAAAUCAGUUUCAAAAAUACCAGCCUGAACGACUCAUCGAACAGGAUAUUGCUCCUCACGUCAUGAAUGGCGAGGGGCCUGUCAUCAACCCUUGGGUCUGCAGGGCCGCACUUCAACGAUCUAUCGGGAAAAUUCUAUAUCACACAGGUUUUGAAGAGUAUCAACCCUCUGCUUUGGAUGCCAUUACGGAUGUUGCAUCAGAUUUUUUCUGCAAAAUCGGCCAAACGCUUAAAUCAUAUAUGGAAGCCCCAAAGGUCCCUGCCGUCGAGAGUUCAUCAGAGCCGGCUGGCACGUCGGAAUGGAAGCUCCCAUAUACCUCCGAAGAGAUGGUUUUGCAUACUCUUCAAGCUGUCGGUACAGAUGUUGAUGCAUUGGAAGCUUAUGUUAAAGAAGAUGUGGACCGCCAUGGCGCAAAACUCAGCGUGAUACAUGAUCGAUUGAAAAACCAUCUUACUGAACUUCUACGACCUGCAUUUGCUGACGCUAGUGGCGACGGAUCCGGAGCUUUCAAUGAUGGGAGCGAGCAAUUCGUCGGAGGUGACUUUGCCGAUGACAUCGACGAGGAUUUCUUUGGAUUUAAGGAACUUGGGUUGGACAAGGAAUUCGGUCUCGCUAGUCUAAGUGUCCCUCUCCAUCUCCUUCAGAACCGCAUGUUCCACGCCCACCAGGCCCAAAACGCAAAUUCUACCCAAUCGGCAUCCGAUUUAUUCCCAACACCGCCCCAAUACCCUAAGAUCACGCUUGAAUCUAUUCCGUCGCAGAUUGGUCUUGCUCGGAACUUCUUCCUAGCGAAGCUCCACGCCAACAAAGAUGAACCUUUAAUUGAAGAUCAUGAACUCCCACCCAAACAACGGCCAAUGGCAGGACGACCACGCGUUCCCGCAUCAGGAAAGAUCCCACCGCAGCCUUCUCAAGGCAUCGGCUCUAGCCCUCAGAAGCGACCAGCGCCCCCCGCUAGUUCCAUAUCAGCCAAAGGAAUCAUUUUGGAACCCAGCAAGAAAAAGGCUAAGAAGAAUGUUGGUCUUUCCGUUGGCAUGUUUAGCGCUGAUGGAGCUGCUGAUGAUUCAGCUUCUACGGUCACUGUCCCUAACAAUACUAUGAAAGGGCUUAUGAAAUCAAAGUUGACAGACGGGUCCAACGGCCAUGUUGGUAUGAAUGGAAAUGCCAAUGAUACAAACGGGGUUGCCUCCGAACAAAUGGGAAGCCAGCCCUUGAAAGGAAGCGCAUGA